AUGGGGUGUAUCCAGAGCAUCGCCUGCAACAAGAGCCGCAUCAAACGGGAAAACAUAGUGGUGUACGACCUGUCCGCCACCAUCGACCACUGCCCCACUGUCAUCGAGGAGAACUCUCCCAUUGUACUACGCUACAAGACACCGUAUUUUAAAGCCUCUGCACGGAUUAUUAUGCCCCCGGUACCGCGCCAUGAGACGUGGGUGGUGGGAUGGAUCCAGGCGUGCACCCAGAUGGAGUUUUACAACGUUUACGGAGACAUAGGCAUGUCAAGUUGGGAGCUGCCUCAGCUGCGGGACGGCCUGGUUAAAGCCAUCAGUGAUUCUGAUGGUGUAAGCUACCCCUGGUACGGAAACACAACUGAGACUGUCACUAUCGUGGGCCCCACCUCCAAGCCUUCGUGCUUCAUCGUCAGCAUGAAUGACAAUUUCUACCCAAGUGUGACUUGGGCUGUGCCAGUCAGUGAAUCCAAUACGCCUUUAUUGACUAACAUUAAAAGGGACCAGAGCUUUACCACAUGGCUGGUGGCACUCAACACUACCACCAAGGAGAAGAUCUUUCUUCACACCAUCAAGUGGAGGAUGAGGGUUGAUAUUGUGGUCAAUCCCCGUUUGCCUCUGGGCUCCCGGGCACAGCUGGUGGGCCGAGUACAUCAAGAUCAACCCAGAGUCCUCACCCGAAUGGAGGCCAUACCUCAUAACGCCUUGGGCCGGCCCAACGCCAACGAUGCACAGGUUCUGAUGUGGAGACCUAGAAGAGGCCCUCCAUUAGUAGUCAUACCAUCUAAAUGA